GCGGCGGGGCGGACCCGGGGGUCGGGCGGGAGGGGCCGGGGCCGCCGGAGGGGCGCGAGGCGGCGGCGGAGCGCGGUGCGCCCGCGGGGCGGGUGGCGGGGCACCGCCGGUACCGGCGCGGCGCGGCCGUCUUUGUCUGACGGAGCGGCGGCUGCAGCCGUGCCCGGGCCACUGCCGGCAGCGGGGCGGCUCCGGGGCACACGGCCGGGUAGGGGCAGCGGGGCCCCGCGGGAGGGAGAAACGUUACCGGUGGAGCCGCGGGCGUACAGCGAUGUAACUGCGUUAAAAGUCAUCUGCGGACACGGUGAUGGAAAGAACGUGCCGUUUCCUUCGGCGCUCGCUGGCGCGCAGGACGGGCGUCUGCUGCGUGUGGCGCUAACUCGGAAUCCGCUGUGAAAGGCAGCAGUGAGUCCCGCACGGCGCUCCGGAGCGGCGGGAACCGUCCCGAGGCGGCGGCGCUGCUCCGCGUGUGAAUGGCGUGCAUGGGCGUCCCGCAGUGCGCAGGGAUGCUGUCGCGGCCACAGGUUAUAAAGAGAUCCGUUUAAACGAGAUCCUGAAGCCAUUGUUUGCUGUCAAAAGGAUGAGCUGAAAAUUUGAAGACAGGGUUUGGUAUUUUUACCGCGUCGGUGUUGGUGGGGCAGAAGACCUGCGGAGUGCAUCGGUGCUGCGUGGUGCCGGAGCUCCUGCCGCGCUGCUUUAACUUCGCUCCUUCGUACCGCGAGUGAACGCUCCCCAUGGGCUCCCUGCCGGAGCUGGCGGGCAGCGCUCCGUCCCAGAGGUCGGUGUGCUCAGAGCUCGCUGACUGCUCUCCCAGCACCACAACCGUCGUUCCUAACGAUUAGCUUCUCUCAAGUCCGAAUGGAAGGCACUGACAGCCUGCCGGAAGGAAAAGGAGGAAAAUGAACUGAUGGGCGAGCUGAAAUGCAGAUGAGUUCCUUAAGGGAACAUCUGUAAAACGUUCUGUUCUAUUGGACUUUUACAUGCUCCUCGUUCUAAAACCGAGCAGUACCAGGGCAUGUGAAUGGAGCGGUGAGGUUGCUUACCGGGCAGGUGGAACGUGUCACAACCCAAACAAUCAGAGCACGUUUAGAAAUGAAGGAGUGUGUUUGUGAGAACGCAUUACUGAACGCCCAAGCAGUGCAGUACCCCAAACCUGCAGCCCUUGCCAGCCUGCCCAGGGAGCUCAGGGAGGGCAGCAGCUCCCAAACUUCCACUGCCUCUGCAUGCAGCAGAAGGUUUUGCCUUGGCAAGAGGUGGACUUCUCUGGCAUGUGUCAGUGAAAACAAUGCGUGUGGAAUUCUUGUAAGGGUGGGAACAGCUUUCCCUCCUUCAAGGUCCAUCUUUAGCAGCAGCACGCUGACACGUGGAAAAGAGCUGUUCUACAGGACUGCUCUUCUCUGCAUGUUGCUGCUACCUGCUUUAACAAAGCAGAGUAAUCUGAACAUGGAGUACGAGAUACGUAGCUCAGUAAAAAACUAAGGGUUUAAUUUUACAGUUCGACUUCAAUUAAACAUCAUAUACUACUGAGGCAUUCUCCUAUUGAAAAGAAUAGACUUCUUUUUAGAAUAAAAAUCAUUUGAAUGGCUUUGUUAGGUGGGAUAUGAAAGCAUAAAAUAAGAGUUUAGCACCAAGUUCUAUCUUUUCCUCAACUGCAGAAACACUGCCGAAAGGCUGCAGAGAAGUGCUUGUAAGUGAGGGCUGAACACCAUGGAAGAUCCAUCACCAAAAUCCUAUUUGGUUUUCUCAUGGAGCUGUUAGAUGGCACAAAUCUUCACCUUGCUGCUGAGCUCGGGAAGACGCUACUGGACCGCAACACCGAACUAGAAGAAUCUUUACAGCAAAUGUAUGCAACAAAUCAAGAGCAACUGCAGGAGAUAGAGUAUCUCACAAAGCAAGUGGAGCUCUUGCGUCAAAUGAAUGAUCAACAUGCAAAAGUGUAUGAACAGCUGGAUGUGACAGCAAGAGAACUAGAAGACACUAAUCAAAAACUAGUUGCAGAGAGCAGAGCGUCACAACAGAAGAUACUAAGCUUGACAGAGACUAUUGAAAAUCUGCAGACACACGUAGAUGACCUGCAAAGGCAAGUAGAAGAACUGAAAAAGUCUGGACGAGGCCGGAUGAACCAUGAGAGAUCUGACCAGCCAAGAUCAAUGCAUAGCUUCUCGUGUUUGAAGGAGCUGUAUGACCUUCGCCAGUAUUUUGUUUAUGAUCACGUGUUUGCAGAAAAGAUUACUUCAAUGGAUAGUCAGCUAAAUCCUCUGGAAGAAGAAAAUGAGAACUUGAAGAAGGCAGUUACGGUUCUGCAGGCCCAACUCAACCUAGAAAAAGAGAAGAGGGUAACAAUGGAAGAGGAAUACAGUCUUGUGGUGAAAGAAAACUGCGACCUUGAACAGAGGCUUGUUGAUAUUGACUUGUAUCGGGCUCGUGCAGAGGAGUUAGAAGUGGAAGUAGCUGAAAUGCGACAGAUGCUUCAAUCUGAAAACACAAUCCACAGUGCAGAGAAAUUGGUGCCAGAAUCUUUUUUCAUUUCAUUUAAGGAAUCUUUAGAAAGGGAGCUUGGUCAGAGCCCGGCUGAUGAUGGGCUUCUGACUGUCCCUGAACUUGACAAAAAGGCACUGAAGCGGAGCAGCAGUGAAAAUUUCCUGAGCAGUGCUGCAGGGGGAGACAUUCUAAGGGGCCACGAAGAAACGUGUAUCAGGAGAGCUGAAGCUGUGAAGCAGCGGGGAAUCUCUGUACUCAAUGAAGUCGAUGCUCAGUAUAAUGCUCUGAAAGUGAAAUAUGAGGAACUUUUGAAGAAGUGUCAAAUAGAUGAAGAUUCUUUGAAACACAAGGCUGUACAAACACUGAAGCAGUAUUCUAAAGACAGUGUGGGAAAUACCCAGUAUGAUCUUUCAGCUAACAAUCAAGAAUUCACGAAUGCAGGAGAAUUACUUAGCUCCACAAAUACUCUUCCUGAAUAUAAAGCACUCUUCAAGGAAAUCUUUAGCUGUAUCAAAAAAACAAAGGAAGAAAUAGAUGAGCACAGAUCUAAGUACAAGUCCCUUUCUUCUCAGCCGUAACGUUAGAUGUUCUGAUGACUGAUGUGUUGUUGGUGACCAAUUUGCUGUCCAGAAAGGAGGAAAAACUUUACACGAAUGUCAGAAGACCCCUUGCACAGAUGUUUCUUUUAGCAUUCAAAAGGAAUGUUUUCAACUGGCUCAUAGACACGUAGUUAAAAAGCUAGUUAGACUAGCAGUGUCCCUGUUCCAAUGUAGCAAUAGAUGUGAUGUUGUUUAGCACUGUCACACAAACCAGUGGUUGUAAAGGAAACAAACAUUGUAGUUUAAUACUACAAUGCUACUUAAUACUACACUUGAUUUCUGGCAGAAAUUAACAAUAGUUUUCCUACUCCACUUCAAAUUAACAGAGCUAAGAAAUCUGUACAGUACUUCUCACAAAGAACCAGGCAAAAGCUUUUCUUUAACUUGCAUGUGAUCAUCCAGCCCUGUAACUGUAAAAAAAAAAAAAUAACAAAAAGCCCCAGAUCAGUAUCACAGGCAGCCUCUCCUCGAGUCCUGAGAAUGAAGUUAGUGAAUCUAGCUGAACUUGCUUUGGCAGGGAGGUGGAGAGCUAGCAUAGCAGCUUGAGCCGUGCUUGGUUAAGUUAAUGCCAUGUUUUCACGUGAACUAGGCUCUUCUACAGAUAAGUAUAGAUGUCUUUGUACUGAGAAGGAAUUCGACGUGAAGUUUGUGUGGCUAUUUAGGUAUGGUUCUUAUUUAGGGGACUUUGUCGAGGCGAGGUACUGUGAAUUGAUUAUAUGUUAUUUGGGAUUGACUGUUCUUUUUUUUUUGGUGGGAGGCCAGCAAAGUACCUACUAGUGUGUAUUUGGCAAGACAAAGUUGCAAUUUAGUCAUUUAACUUUAGCAGUAGAAUUGAUACAGUUCGAUAGCUUCUAAGCUCACAUACCACAAACUCCAAGCACUUGAAGGAGACGGGUCAGGUAAAGCCUUAUCUUACAGGUUUGCCUAUUGCUUCCACUGUCAGCUUCAGUGAACCUGUUCCAUGCUGCCUCUGGGGUGGUGGGAGGCUGGAUGCGACACUGCUGGAACAUACCCUACUGAAAAUGUGGGGCUGUGUUCUUGUUCAUACCGUCCUUCUCCACUCCCUAAUAGUAGCUCAUACAUAUUCUAAUUCUGAAAAAGAAAACACGCAGAAGUACAUUCUUUAGAACUGCUUUGAAGUGUGUAGAAAACAAAGGCUAAGCAAUUAAGGAGAAAGAAGGCACCAGGAAAGGUGACAUCCUUCUUACACAGGGUCUCAUAGCUUAAUUUGGUUAGCUCUUCUUGGGAACUUCCUUAUUGCCUGUCUGAGUUGCUGCAAUAUACCAAACAGCUGGAAGUGUUGACAAUUUCUCAGCUUUAGUUCAACUGCUGCUAUUACAGUUGUCUGCCUUAUUUACCCUGUUAAGCUUGUGUAUAAUUGUCCUCCAUUUGCAGUAUUAAGGCUCGUAUUGUGGGACUUUCUCAAAAACAUGUAUUGAGUUCUUAAGAAUUAUUUAAAAAUGGGAAUCCAAAUGUUGUAAAUAUUUUUCUAAGCAAAUAAAUAAGCCAGUCAAGCUCCACGUGUAACUAGUAAUUAUGCCUAUCUGUGCUUAUCUUGAAACAGUAGACUUUGUGCAGAUGGCAGCUGCACUAUCUGGUCUAUCCUAUGUAGCUCAGAUGGAGUUCCCAUUAAAUUUUUAUUCUAAAAAAGUUAUACUAAGUAGAAGAGGAUAGGCCUGUCUGUGCAAGAAAGCCACAGGUAAUGAAGUAGUUUCUCGUUUCUCUCUUGUGGUGUUUGUCAGUGUUGUUCCAAAAAGGGUGUUGGAAGGGUGGAAGGCAGGAGAGCUGCUGUUCUGCCACUAGGUUAGCUCUGCUGUCACUGCUUCCCUAGCACUUGGAUUGUCAUUAUCUAAAGGCUUUCUACUGCAAAGCAGUAACUUUAGAUCAGUGUUCUGGCUGUCACAAGCAAUCUAUUACUAACGCUAUUCACUUUGGGAAGUGGGGAAUCCACACCCGUGGGACCAGAAGUUGUGUAGAAACAACUUUAGAAUUUCUGAUUAAAUAUGUGAUCUUCAGUGGUUUAAUACUGUUGGUUAACAGGGCACUUUCUAUGUAUUUUUUACCCUUUAAAAUAUCCAGAAUGUUCUCAGAUUUCCACAGAAAUAUGUUUCUUCUGUAGCAUAACCUGCCUUUGACCACCUGUGCCAUUGCUAAGCUCUGGCUGUACUGUAGCGUACUUUAACACUUAACUGUACAUACCCUGCAAUAAAAACUUCCAAGGCUCUGUUUUAUAACCUCUGUCAGGCUGUGGCUUUCUCAGGGAUAAGCUUUAUGGACACAGCUGUAGGCAAUGCUACAGCAACGGGGUCGUGCUAGGUAAGCAACAGCCAUGGGGACACCCAGCACAAAGGCUGCAAAGCUGCCUGAACUUGAGCACUGCCUGAUUACAGUAGUUAAUAAACGUAGUGUAUGAGAUAAGACUGUAGCAGUUUAGAAAUAAGUACUUUCCACAGAAGUUCAAAAUGCUCUAAGUAUGGUACACUACUCUUAGGCCAAUCUUAAUCCACUUAUUUUAGUAAAAAACAGAGCCCUUUUCUAAGCAUAAGUAGAUGAAAUUAAUAGAAUCUACUUGAGCUUCUCAUAUGAUGGAAACUACAGAAAACAAAGCCCAUAACAGUAAAGUAACUGCUCUAAAGCCACCAGUGGGGUGUUCCUUGCCUUACUGCUGUGAAGCUUAAAUGACAAACCUAGAACAGAAGCAGUGCAGUUAUCAUUUCUUGAGCAACAGGCUGCAUCUUGACAACCAUCCUAAAAAACAUGAUGCAAGUAGAAAAGUACAGCAAGUCAAGAGGCGGUUUGCCAUCUACCUCAAACAUCUACUGCAAAUAUUCUUUUACCUUUCCUUCCUCUGUAAGCCUCUGGGCUCUAAAAGGAGCAAAGAUCAUUUCCAUUUCUUCCUGGCCAAACACAAGGCAGAGUACAGCAGGAUGCCACAGCUGACCUUCAAGAUAAAAUUUUAUUUUUAAAAAAGUUACACAAAAUAGAGGUUUUACAUUGUUGCCAAGUGUGAUAACUGCAGCUGGAUGCCUUGCACGUCGUGCACUUACCUUUGCACACAGUAAGGCAAAAACUCCAUCAACCAAAACCCACAUCAGUAAGACAUCCAGUAGUUGUUCCACAUCUAUUUCAAGUGUAAGUACUUUUUCAGACAGUUCAUUUUACAGACACCGGGUGAGAACAGUUGCUAUGUCAUACAAUGUUUAAAGACAGUGAUUUUGUAUCCCCCCUCCCUGCCCUGACGUGCCCAUGAACAUCACUACCCUUGUUGUAAGGAAGGCAGCAAGGGCUGUUGUAAUGCUCAGACUAAUGCAUGAGCAUCUAGGUAUUUAACAAAACCUGGGAUGUUUGUAAACAAAUUUAAUUUAUUGGCAUCACUUACUUACAAAAUAAAAUAUUAGACCAUGAUUUUCCAUCA